AUGGGCAGCAGCAGCAACACCAGCGCCAUAGAAAAACUAAAGAAGAACGAACGCCAUCAGCAGAGAGCAGACAAAGGCCAAAGAAGUUACUUACUACUUAUCAUCACCACAGAUAGACCAGAGAAUAUGCAAUCACCAGAGGUAGACCAGAGAACGAGCAUACAUCACAGAGAGCAGACCAGAAAAGACCAGACUAGCAUUAGCAGCAAUACCAGCAGCAAUACCAUCAGCAAGACCAUCAGCAAACACCGUCAGCAACACCGUCAGCAAACACCGUCAGCAACACCGUCAGCAAGACCAUCAGCAAUACCAUAA